AUGAACGCCAGGGCCUUCAACAGGAAGCAGAAAAUAAAACGUGAAUACAACAAACUUCUUCAAAAGGAGAGAAAGAAAAUGCAACAUUCAAAAGUGCAGAUACAGGAGGAAUAUCCAGAGCAUCUAAAGCAUCUGUACCAAGGUGAAAAGGAAAGGCUAGAUGAAGAAGAACAGGAGAAAAAGAAGAAAAGAUGGAAAGGAAGAACAGUGGAUGAAGAAGAAGAGGGAGAACUCACUGUGCCAAUGGAUUCUACUUUCACUGAGAAACAUGUUUCAAACACAACACCCAACAUCUCUUCAGACCAAAAUACUGCCCCUGAUUUUUCUAAUGAACCAGACAUGACAUCAAAGCUUGAGAGCUCCCACAUGGCCCCACUCGUCCAAAGGAAACAGAAAGACAUGUCAUCUUACCAGAAGACCAAGCAAGAAUAUGAGAGGAUAAAGGAGGAACGUGUACGAAAAAGGGAGGAAUUCUUGAAAGACAAAGCUCAGAGGGAGGAGGCUUUAAAAAAAUACAAGGAGAAGAAAAUGGCCACAUAUCAGUUAUUGAAAAGAAAAACCAAGAAGGGUCAGCCCAACCUCAACCUGCAGAUGGAACUGCUGCUGCAAAAGAUUCAAGCUCAGCACAAAUAA